ACUGGAAGAAACAGAACAUCUACAGAUAAAAGAUGAACAGGAUGGAAUCAAACCUCCACAGAUAAAUGGUGAACAGGAAGUACUAGAAACUCUUUUUAUAAAUGAGAAGCAAGAAGAACCAGAACUUUUCCACAUGAAAACAGAAAAUGAGAAACCAGAACCUCUACAGAUAAAGGAUGAACAGGAGGAACUCUGCCUCAGUCUUGAGAAGGAACAUCUUAAACUGAAGCAGGAGAUUGACCCAUUCAUGGUAAAUCCUACAUACAAGGAAAGGGAACCAGAACUAAACAGGGUCCAGUUGCAUGUCCAAGUCUCCACUAAACCUGAGAACCAAAACCAGGAAAAGAAAAAUUACAAAGACAUAGGAUCAAGUAGUAAGAGGAGUCGGAAAAUCAGAGGUCACCGUGACAACACAGAGAAAACUGUAAAAAAACAAAAGAAACGGCAAUUGAAUGACAAUUUUUCUUCUUGUAAACUUUGUGGUAAAGUUUUAAAUCGGACUUAUUUGGCUGAACACAUGAGAAUUCACUCAGGUGAGAAGCCUUUCUCAUGUUUGACCUGUGGAAAAAAAUUUGUUAAAAGAAGUAAUUUGACUGUUCAUUCCAGAACUCACACUGGUGAAAAACUUUUCUCAUGUUUGACCUGUGGAAAAGGUUUCAGCUUAAGAGGAAAUUUAUUUCGACACAUGAAAACUCACACAGGUGAAAAGCUUUUUUCAUGUUUGACCUGUGGAAAAGGUUUUAGUAAAAGAGAAACUUUAUCUGAUCACAUGAGAAUUCACACAGGUGAGAAACCUUUCUCAUGUAUGACAUGUGGAAAAAGUUUCAGCUUAAGAGGAAAUUUAUUUCGCCAUAUAAAAACUCACACAGGUGAGAAACUUUUCUCAUGUUUGACCUGUGGAAAAGGUUUUAGUGAAAGAGACACUUUGUCUCAGCACAUGAGAACUCACACAGGUGAGAAACCUUUCUCAUGUAUGAGCUGUGGAAAAAGUUUUAGCCAAAAAGAAACUUUAUCUCAGCACAUGAGGAUUCACACAGGUGAGAAGCCUUUUUCGUGUGUGACCUGUGGAGAAAGUUUUAGGCAAAGAGCAGCUUUAUCUGUGCACAUGAGAGUUCACACAGGUGAGAAGCUUUUCUCAUGUAUUACUUGUGGAAGAAGUUUUAGCCAAAAAGUAACUUUGUCUCAGCACAUGAGAACCCACACAGGUGAAAAGCCUUUCUCAUGUACAACCUGUGGGGAAAGUUUUAGGCAAAGAGGAGCUUUUUCUCGGCAUAUGAGAACUCACACCGGUGAGAAGCCUUUCUCGUGUCUGACCUGUGGAAAAACCUUUGGGCAAAGAGGAGGUUUAUCAAGACACAUGAAAACUCACUCAGAUGAAAAGCCUUACUCAUGUUUGACCUCCGCUUAGGAGGUCAUUUAAUUGGUGAGAAAUUCAAUUCAAGCUAAAAAGGAAAGAUUAUCUUUUCUGACUCUGUUUUUUUUUUUUUUUUUUUACACCGCCUUCAUGGCCUUUCUUUAUCCCCACAUACUGGGGAUGAUAAGGAAGAACAAUAUUACAAUAGACUGGCAAAUAUUUCUGCAAAACAAGCCAAACCUCAUGAUCUAAGACAACUGUAAAUCACUCUGACCAAUAACAAGACAACACAGACACUAAACAUAGACAAGACUGCAAGUGUACCUGACAUACACUGAAACUAAAUGAAAACAGUUGAAUCAGUGCAAUAACGCAGUUGUGAACGAAAAGCAGACCAAUGUUCAGGGAUCAAUGGCUGAAAAAGCAGUCUUAAACAGAUGCACUGUUACGUUGGAGAAAAUGGUCAUUGUAGGUCACUGUUUUAAGUCUACAAUAAGUGCAGUACAGUCUGACCAGAAACCUUGUUAAAAUAUUCAUAUUUACAAUUUGUACUAUGUGCUGCCAGGGCUACAGCUAGGUAGGGAGGUUUUUAUAAGUUUAAUAAGUUCCAUGUGCAAGAAAGGAGUGGAACAAAUAUCUCCUCCCUGCUGUUUUGUGCUGUUUUGUACUGAGGAGUACAACUGUGUGAGACAACUCAGCAGAGCUCAUGUGCAUUCUAUAUGAAUGUGUGUUUCUCCUUGUGCACAAGAAUGAAUCUUAUAAAAAGUUUGCUCACUUGAGCUGUUUUAUUUAAUAUUUGUUCGCCACCAUAAUUAAUCUGGUGGUGCUUUUUAGGGCCAAAUCCAUCACCUUUUGCUGCAGCAUCUAAGUCUGGUAACAAUGUUAUCAGUGAUGCAUGGUGAGGAUUGUGUGUUUACAAUGUUUAGAAUUUGUUGAAAUAAACAAUUGUUUUUCUUUAUUGGAAGAUUUUCUUUCAUUCAUUUGUAAUAAAGUAAAAGUACAAAAUCAGUCUUUUUCUUCCACUUUCCUCACUACUCGGACAGAACUUGGCUUUGACAUCAUUUGACGGCGAUUUGUUUGAGGGUGAAUGAAAGUUUGCAGUAAAGCUGAAGUGCAAAAGAAUUACAAAGGGGACCCAACAAAUUAUUGAGUAAAUAGGAAUGGACAUACUUUUCAGAAGCCUCACAUUUCUGUUGUAACAUAUCCUAUUUUUAUUUAUUCAUUUAUUUGUAAUUAAUUUUUGGAGACACUGAAUUUUGGGUUUUUGUUUUCUGUAAGCCAUAAUGAUCACAAUUACAAGAAACAAAGGCUUGAAAUGUGUAAUGUGAACAAUAUGAGUUUCACUUUGUGAAAGAGUGACAAAAAAACACGGAACCUUUUAGCAACGUUUUUUUUUUAGAUGCCACUGCAAACAAGGGGAGGCAGUAUUUAGCUUCUUUGCUCCUCAGAUCUGUAACCAACUCCCUGAUAACCUGAGACGUGCAGAAACCAUAUCCUUCUUUAAACCAGGACAUUACUGUGUUAUUGCAGCUUUUCUAUUAAGUUCAAAGAUAAACUUAACUAGGUCAUUUUAUCUUGCCUUAGCUUUUUAUUUAAAUCUUGCAUUCUCAUAUUUAUUUGUUUUUAUGUGAUGCUUAAAUUUCAGUUUGAGGCAAUUCUUUAUAGAGUAAUAAAACCUUAAUGAAGCAUUUUAGAUAAUCAUCAUCAUUGUGUUGCUAUAAUAAAAUCAUGCUUUGUGCACCAGA